AUGAUUGAUCAAUCAGUCCUCAAAAGGGACUCUGCUGUCGUCCUGGCAGUUGUAAUAUUCGUGGUGUUGUAUGUGACAUCCGAUGUAUGUUGUAGUGGUUAUGGUUCAAUCGAUCGAUCAACCAAUCAAUCAACAGAGAAAGUAAAAGAAAGAGAAAGAAAGAAAGAUAGGACAAUGAGAAUUAUAAAACCAUCUUGGGUAAAUCAUAAUGGGUUUCCAAUUCUAUCGAUUGAUGUACACCCAGAUGGUAGUAGAUUUGCAACAGGAGGAGGAGACAAUAAGGUAAAGAUAUGGAGUGUGGCACCGAUCGUUGUCAAAGAAGCAGAAGACGAUGAGAAGAUUCCUAAACUACUUAAAGACUUGGACAGCCAUUACAACCCGGUCAAUAGUGUCAAUUGGAGUCACGAUGGAAAGUACUUGGCGUCGGGAGGCGACGAUCGUCUCGUGAUUAUUUGGGGUAUGAGCAAGUUUGGCGGUUUGAUCCCUGCCAAAGCAUCGUCGAGUCAAUCGGUAGCAUCUUCGAAUCCAUUGGACCCCAAGUCGGUCGAGAAUUGGAUAUCAGUAGCUACAUUGCGUGGACACGACGCAGACAUUAGCGGCGUGGCAUUUUCACAAGACAGCAAGUUAUUGGCGUCGUGCUCGAUCGACGGUGCCAUCAUCAUUUGGGACUGUACCAAAGAAUUCAAACAAAUCACUCAACUCAAAGGACACAAUGGAUUCGUCAAAGGUAUAUGUUGGGAUCCCAUAGGCAGAUACCUAGCAUCUCAAUCAGACGACAAAACCGUCAUUGUCUGGAGAACAACAGAUUGGCAAAUUGAAACAAGAUACAAUCAAAAUUUAGAAAAUCCUGGUUCAUUCUUUCUUCGUCCAAGUUGGUCACCAGAUGGAGAAUCAUUAUGUUUGACAGCAUCGAUUAAUAAUAUGGCACAUACGGCGACUAUAUUGGACCGAUCAAAUAAAUGGAAGACGGGUAUUGAUUUUGUGGGUCACCAAAAGGCUGUGAUUGUAGCGAGUUACAGUCCGGUCAUUUACAAGGACACCAAGAGCAAGAAACAGGGGUUCUACAAUGCAGUGGUACUCGGCGACCAAGACAACACCAUCACUGUGUGGAUUACACCACAUGCACGUCCAUUAACUGUUAUUCGCCAGAUGUUUGCACAGUCGAUCCAAGAUGUAACCUGGUGUCCCGAUGGUAUGUCCUUUUUUACGUGUUCGACCGAGGGCACAGUCUGCUUCACUUCAUUCACGGCCGAAGAGUUUGGUGAGCGUGUUCCUCUCUCGAUUGACGACAAAACAACACUGAUGCGAAGAAACUAUGGCGAGGCUGUCAAAGUCAUGUCUGACGGUACCGUCGUCGUAAUGGACUAUGGUAGUAGAGGUGGUGGCGGUGGGGGACCAGACAUUGGCAUCUCAUCGUCCAUGUUUGCAGAGAACCCUGAUCAACUCACUAUGGAGGAUAUCAAUACUACAUUGGGUGGUGACUCUAAUAAUGGUGGUGGUGACUCGACUAGUACUGACGCAUCACAAACAUUUGCACCACAAAUAGAGAUCCAACCAACCGAAGUUGCAUUACAACAACAAAAACAAACUAUUGUCAAUGGACGUCGAAGAAUCACCCCUCUCAACCUUGGUGGUGCGAGUAUUGGUACACAGUCAAUCACCAAACCACAGCCCGUAUCACUCCCCUCUCAUUUACAAUCAUCACUUUCGAAUUUAGGGUCACCCUUGAUGUCCUCUUCUUCCAUCCCUCCAUUGGAUAACGACGCAAUGAAUAUCGAUAAACAACAACAACCGACCUCUAAUGGAGAUCAUAGUAGUAGUCGUGGAAAUAGUAGUAGCUCAACACCUAAUGUACCUACUUCUUUGACGGAUCGAAUGCUUACCCCUGACAAACAAAAAACCACCACUCCAUCACCCUCAUCAAAAGAAAAGGAAAAAGAAAGAGACGAUAGAAGGGAACGUGACCGCGAAAGGGAAAGGGAAAGAGAAAAAAGAAAGGAUCGAGAAAACAUUGCAACCACCAUUCCAGAGAUGGAAAAGAUAUUAUCUAAACGAAGAACUACUGAUGAUCCACAUCAACAUCAACAACAUCAUCAUCAUCACUCAAGUAGUAAUAGUAGUAGUACUAAAAAACAGAAAUCAUCAUCUUCUUCAUCUUCAACGUCAUCAUCAACUACAUCAAAAUCAUCAAAUCAACAAUCAUCGAAUAAUAAUAAUAAUAAUAAUAAUAACGUAUCAACAGCUCAAGAUAAAUCAUCAUCAUCACAAAAUUCUCAUCAUCAUCAAGCUGCAUUAAAUCAACAUUCAUCAUCCUCUUCAUUUUUGUAUAUACCUCUACCACAAACCACCAAUCACAUCAUGAAGCAUCUUACACCAAUGUCUACCGAUUCAAAUGCUUCAUCAUCACUUGCAAACACUCCACCAUUGAUGUCUACAACUACCAACACAUCGUCCUCUUCCUCUUCCUCGUCAUCAUCGUCAUCUUCUAAUAUUUAUUUAGAUGUUGUAGUUAGUGAACAUGAACUUCCAGACAAAACCAUUGAAUACUUUUCAACCAUUCGAUCAAUCAGCAAUGCCUCUUUGGUAUGGGAAAACAAGAUCAAUGGAAAGGUUUCUCUUGUAACAGGAAACAAAAAUUGGAGUGCUGUUGCUACAUUGGAACCUAUUCUUUAUGUUUUUAAUCAUAUUGGUAAAUUUAUAUUGGCAAAUAUUAGUUUAAGAAAUAAUUUAGCAUUUUUAGAAAGUAACAAAUCUGAUCAUUUAUUAUUUGUUACUUGUGAUGGUCGUGUUAGUGUUUGGAAUAUUCCAAAAGAAAAAUUGGAAUUAUCAUACACUGAAUUACCUCUUAUCAUUAGAAAGGAAAAACAAACAACUAUUAAACAUGCAUUUAUAACAGAUGAAGGUAAACCAAUUAUAACAUCAUCAAAAGGAGAUAGUUUUGUAUACUCUUUUAGUUUUGGGGAAUGGAUUAAAAUUACCGAUAGAUUAGGUUCGCUUUCGGAAUUUAAUAAUACAACCACUACUGCAUCACUUUCAACCACGUCUUCUUUGUCAUCGUCGGCCGCAUCAUCAGCAGCCGCACAAUCAACAGGUAUUUUGUCGAGACUACAAAAACAAACGACACCAAUGACCAUGACAUCGAUACUGCAACUACACAACACCGAACAAUCCAACCAACCACAAAACAAUACUGCCUUUUUAGAGAAACAGUUGUUGUUGGCAACGAUACUCGAGAGUCCCAAAGAAUACAAACACUGGCUCGGGCUCUACUCCAAGUCGCUCACCAACAGCGAAAACAUUGUCAAACUACAAGACCUUUGUAACAGUCUACUCGGUCCAUCUGCCAACCCUGGCCCCGAAUCAAACUGGCAGCCCCAAAUCAUGGGACUCUCCAAACGAGACCUUCUCAGAGAAGUGGUCCUUCAAACAAUGUCUACCAACAGAUCCCUUCAACGUUUAGUUGGUCAAUUUAAAGAAUCACUUAAAGUAUUUUCUGAAUCUAGAGAUACAUUUGAUUUAUUAUUUAAUAUUAGAUAA